AAAAAAAACACUAAGUAGAAGCUUUAAAGCAAAGAUAGAAAAAUGGCGACGUCGGGAACAUACGUGACGGAGGUUCCGUUGAAAGGAGCGGCGGAAAAACACUACAGGAAGUGGAAGAGCGAGAACCAUAUCUUCCCUGACGCCAUCGGCCACCACAUCAAAAAUGUCACCGUUCACGAGGGAGAAUCAAACUCUCACGGAUCCAUCAGGAGUUGGAACUACACAUGGGAUGGAAAGGAAGAGGUAUUCAAGGAGAAAAGAGAGGUAGACGAUGAGAACUUAACAUUGGCUAUAAGAGGACUUGAGGGUCACGUGAUGGAGCAGCUCAAGUUAUUUGAAUACUGGAUCCCAACCCAAUAGCCAGGACCCAAAGACUCUGCUU